GUGGUCAUAGAUUCACUGUAACAUGUGCUGGUAGUUCAGUUAGUAUGAGUCUCGUUGAAGAAAAGACUUGGAGGGAUGUUUACAUUGCAAUUGACUACCAUUGCUACCACUUGGGCAAUUUGACCGAGCCCUUCAAUAGUAUGGAUACAUCGCUAGAGAAUUGAGUUGGUACUAUGAAAAUCUUGUAUCAAUAAACUCCACUUGUGUAUUUGUUGGAUGUGUACUCUCAGUUGACUCACAGUGGUAUUACAUGAGAGGUAAUGGUAGCAACUGUACUAAUGAAGUUCGUCUCAAGUCAGCAGUAAACUCACCUAUUUGGCUGAUACUGCCGUUUAUUCUUCAACUAAAACAACAAAUUCUUGUUUUACCCAGUGAACAACUAAAAAUCUCCCUUUCACCGUCGUACACUGUUUACUCUCCAAUGAAUUACAAGAAAAACACUACAAAUUCUCAGGAAACAUCUAUGGGAAGACAUGUUACAACAACUACUACCAAUAAAUUCCCCCAUAUUGAUGAGUCUAGUCAUGCAUGGCCUAAUAGUAGUAGUAGGGAUAUUUCAAUUGAAUAUAGUGAAGGAGUAAUUGAAGGGCCCUGGCCAGCAAUGUAUGACAUUGCAUCAACUGAACAUGCUUCUCCUACUACAACUCGUGAUAUAAAGAUGGCACAGGUUUAUAGCAGUGACUAUGUUGUUCAAGAAAGCAUGCAGCAUUUAUGGAAAGUAUGGAGGCCAAACCACAUCAUAUAGACCAGGCAAUUCUUGCUGCAGCAUAGAUUUCCUGCUAUACUUCAUUUCGGCACCUUGGGCUUUAGGGCUACGCAAGUUAUGCUGGCAUAAUAUGGAGCAUAAUAGGGCAAGUUAUUAUACUGGCAUAAUGGGUCAAAAAUUUCUGGAUCCCACAUGAUUUCAGUUCCGCAGUCAAUACUAUGAUGGCAAGUGGAACAAGUACUAUCAACCCAACUGCUUAGUACCUGCCUAUGCACUGAAGUGUGGCGAGUCCAAUGACUCAGACUAUUCUAUUUUCCAGUGACUCAAAGCCUUCUGAAACAUUUUCAGAUGCUGGCAUUAUUACAAUAAUUGCAAUUAUAGCAGAUGCAUGUACGUGUAUAUGUAACUUGAUAGUUGAUACUUGAGCAAGCUUAAACUAUGAGCAAAGCAUAUUGGAUGGAAUUUGGGGCAGUGCCUAAAAGCAUAAUAGGUAAAAAAUGAAGCAUAAUUUGCCUAGCCCUAUUGGGCUUCGAUCUACCUUUGAUGUGGAGAGCUUCUUGCCUUCAGUAAUUUUAAUCGUGGGUGGCUACCGUAAAUAAUUCCAGAUAAUUCAUUUUCCUAUACGGUAUCCACCCACAAUGUAAAUUACUGACGGCAAGAAGACCUCAAGCGCUACAAGGUACAUACUAAAGGCUUACAAGCAGCAUUUAUGGAAAGUAUGGAGGCCAGACUACAUCAUAUAGACCAGAUAACUCUUGCUGCAGCAUAUUUUUUGCUAUGCUUCAUUUCGGCACCUUGGGCUUUGAUCUUCCGGCCUUCUUGCCUUCAGUAAUUUUCAUUGUGGGUGGCUCCGUAGAUAAUUAGAUCUAAUUGAUCUCCGUAAAUAAUUAGGUCUAUAUAAAUCAUGUUUACACUCUGAGUUUAGUAUAGUGUUACCACUUGGCACAGCUGUCAUGCUGUCUACAGUAACUGCCUUAAUGCUCAUCAUUCUCUCUCUAUCUUUCCUGCACUUCUUUACAGGGGCAAUGGCCGCUGAAAGAUUGUGCUUGGAAAAGUCAAACAUUAUAAAUGAAACUCCUAAAAGUGAAAUCGUACUAUCUGUUGCCUGCGGUAAUGGUACAGCUAGUUUAGUUCUUAGAUUAGGAGAGUCUCCAUUUCAUUAUUUAUACUACCAACUUGACUACUAUUGUUAUCAUUUGAACAAUAUGAGCUUAUUUAAAAGGUGAUUUUCAGAAGCACUUGUAUGCUAGCUAAUCAUAGCUUAUGCUGCUGGACUACUUAACUUGAGGCACGGUUUUACCAAACUGUGGCACAAUGCAUGCUUAAGAAUAAUUUGUUCAUAAAGUUAGUUGACUUAAAUCCAUUUUGUUGCUGGGCUAUAGUCUUUUGAGAACCUGGGAGAUGAUUAGAAAAAUAAUUUACUGUUUUUUUAUACAAUUAUAAUUAUUAUUAUACUACAUUAUGCUAUUAUUAUAGUGAAAUUUUAGAACCAAGUUUUCAAGUCAUAAUGUCUAGCCAGCUUGAAAGUGUAGAUUUACAGGAAAAUUCUCUCUGUGUUUUUGUUUGUUGUGCAGAAAAUUUCUGGGAAAAUGCCUGGUACUUUGUAAAUGGCAAUGGAAGCACCUGCAGCAAUAAAGUUGACAUCAGUCAUACAGCACCAGCUGCUAGUUCUUCCAUUAUUGAAGCUGUUCCGAUUACAAAUGAAUCAACUAGUGAGAUAAUGGUUUCUUCUUCUAUAAUGAACACUCCUUCAACUACAAGUGAAUUUAGUGAAACAACUAGUAAGACACAGACUUUUUCUACAGUGAGCACUUCAUCCUCUCCUUCUACAAAUGAAACAACUCCGUCUAUAGCAAGCAACCCAAUUUUAGCUACAAGUGAAUUUAGUGAAACAACUAGUAAGACACAGACUUUUUCUACAGUGAGCACCUCAUCCUCUCCUUUUUUAGCUACAAGUGAAUUUAGUGAAACAAUUCAGACAGAGACUUUUUCUACAUUGAGCACUUCAUCCUCUCCUUCUACAAAUGAAACAACCCAGUCUACAGCAAGCACCACAUCCUCUCCUUCUAUAAUAGAUAACACUGUGGCAGUUAUAUUUGGAGUUUUGAUUCUAGUGAUUGUAUUACUCAUCAUUAGUUGUUUCAUUGUCAUUGCCUGUACAAGGAAGGUGGCAUUGUGUACGAAUAAAAAUGUAAUCAUCGAGAUUGAAAAUUCUAAAAUAUUUCAAUUGAUGCUACCAAGUGAGCAUCUAAAAGACUCUCAUUCAUUGCAUACCAUCUGUGCUGAUCUAAACUUUAAGGAAACCUCAAACAUUGAUUCCAAGGAAAACACUACACAUACUCUAGAAACAUCUGGUGGAAGUCAUACUACUACUACUACUACUGAUAAGCUCCCCCACAAUGAUGUGUGUACUAAUUCAAUUGAAUAUAGUGAAGGAUCAUCUGGAGAAGUGGAAGGAUCCUGCCCAGAACUGUAUGAUACUUCUCCCCAUAAUACUACUUACAGCAGUGACUAUGUUGUAGAAGAAAGCAUUAUAGUUCAUUCAUUAAUGAAUUCAAGUUACAUCACUGUAGCUGAAGUGGACAUUGCUACUUGUCCUUCUCUAAAUUAAAUCAACUCUCUUACUGUACUAGAUCUACAAUUUUUCUGACAAAAUACUCACACUCAUGCACUUUUCAUUACAAUUCUUUUUACUUAGCAUUUUGUUCCAACAGGAUUUGUAAGCCA